UAAAAUUUAUAUUCAGGUUAAAUGUUUUGCCUUUAUUAUUCUGUUAAUUCUACUGGAUGACGAUUGCGAGCCUCCGCCCAUCGAUCAGCGGCGCGUUCCAGGCUUCCUUUUGUCCAACGGGCCACCUCAGUGGAGCAUUCCAUUCUGAAAAGGAGGUGAAAACAGCUUUUUUUAUGUUUUAGAAAGUAUUACUUUGUACAGCAAACAGCGCUCCUGUCACAUUCAGCGGAAGUAGACGACGAAACUAGGUUCUGCAUAUUUUGCAAUGCGUCGAUACAGCUCAUAAAAAUGGUCUCGACCGCGUUUGGGUAAAGCGAGGCUGCCCACAAGUUGUUUUGGGAGCGGCGAAGAGCCCCUCAGCUCUAACAGCGAGCAGAGAGAUGAGAUGGGCGGGAGAACACGCGGGGACAAUGCCGCUGUUCCUGGGAAUCUGCUCGAUUUGAGUCUUCUCUCUGAGUAAAUAUUUUUUUGAAUGUCACAGUGGUGACAUUAUGUAUCUGAGCGGGAUUUUUGGAGUUGCUUGAGGGCGCGCUGGACCUUUCUUCCUCCUCCUCUUCCUCUUUUUGCUGUUUAUUGGGGUUCUCCGCUCAAACGGCGCUCAGUCUUUGGCGUCUGAUGGUGCUUCUGCGCAAUCCAGAUUAUUACUACACUAUUGCGAAAUAAAACCAGGAUGUAAGGAAAAGCGUUGAUGUGGGAAGGAACUUUGGAAACGCAUCCUGAUCCAAACACGGAGCCCUGCUGGUCCCUCCCGCCUAAGCUGUAGAUAGGGAUGGUGUGUCAGGACCCCAGUGGGUUCGGAAAUGCGCCAUGUUUGUGAGAACGAUGAGCCUGGCAGACAUGUCCGGUUUCUUGUCCAGGGGAGAGCAGCUAGCAAUAAAGGCUCGAAGCACUGAUAAUCUGGACAGUUCUGGGGAGCCUGCGACCCGAUCGGUGGGAACCACAGCCAACUUGAAGGGGAAGAUGAGCAAAAGGCUUUCUGUUGUGAAAGGUCACUUCCCCAAGCUUGUUGACUGUGCCCACUUUCACUAUGAAAAUGUGGACUUCGGUUCUAUCGAGCUUCAGUUUGCCAACGAGCAGAGCGAUGCCAGCUGGACCUCGGGCAGUGCCAAAGAUCUGGUUUUCCUCGUGCAGGUGUCCUGCCAGGGUAAGACGUGGAUGGUGCGGCGUUCAUACGAAGAGUUCCGGACGCUGGACGCCCAUCUGCAUCAGUGUAUUUACGACCGCCGUUACUCGCAGCUCUUGGCCCUUCCUGCCCUAUGCGAGAUCGGAGACCGGGUGGAGAUCUUCACGCCACUGCUGUCGGAGUAUAUGAACCGUCUCUCCAUGAUUGUGGACAAUAAGCUGAACUGUGGGCCGGUUCUCACCUGGAUGGAGAUUGACAACCAUGGCAACAGGUUCCUGCUGAAAGAAGAAGCAUCUUUAAACGUCCCUGCCAUUGCUGCUGCUCACGUCAUCAAGCGCUACACUGCUCAGGCUAGCGAUGAGAUAUCUAUUGAGGUUGGUGAUAUUUUGUCAGUGAUUGACAUGCCGCCCAAAGAGGACACCACGUGGUGGAGAGGAAAGCAUGGAUUCCAGGUUGGCUUCUUUCCCAGUGAAUGUGUGAAGUUAAUCAAUGAGAAGUUGCCACAGUCGGUCAGCGCUCCUGUCAGUAAGCAAGAGGUGGAUGCUUUGGGCUCCAAACCUGGCAUUAACAACACGACUGGGCCUUCCUCUCCAUCAUCAGUGUCUAAGAAACACGGCAAGCUGAUGGGCUUCCUGCGCACCUUUAUGAAGUCCAGACCCACCAAACAAAAGCUAAAGCAGAGGGGAAUCCUGAAAGAACGGGUGUUCGGCUGUGACCUCGGCGAGCAUCUCCUCAACUCUGGCCAAGACGUGCCACAGGUACUAAAGAGCUGCUCAGAGUUCAUAGAGAAGCAUGGUGUGGUGGAUGGCAUCUACAGACACUCUGGUGUGUCCUCCAACAUACAGAAACUCAGGCAUGAGUUUGACAGUGAAAAUGUUCCAGACCUGACGAAAGAUGUGUACAUGCAGGAUAUUCACUGCGUCGGCUCGCUGUGCAAACUCUACUUCAGAGAGCUGCCCAAUCCUCUGCUCACGUACCAACUCUACGACAAGUUUGCUGAAUGUAUGGGAGAGAUGACAGAGGAAGAAAGAAUGGUGAAAGUACAUGAUGUUAUCCAGCAACUUCCUCCUCCUCACUACCGCACUUUGGAGUACCUCAUCAGACACCUGGCCCAUUUGGCCACCUGCAGUGGAGAGACGAGCAUGCACAUUAAGAAUCUGGCCAUUGUCUGGGCCCCCAACCUGCUCAGAUCCAAAGAAAUUGAAGUAGUGGGCUUAAGCGGUGCUGAUCCAUUUAAAGAAGUGCGCAUCCAGUCCGUGGUCGUGGAGUUUCUGCUCGGCAAUGUGGAAGUACUGUUCAGUGACUCCUUCACUUCUGUUGGCCGUUUUAGUGCAGCACGACAGUCUCUGACCAGACCCAAGUCGUUUGUGUCCACCAGGCUUCUGUCUUUAGAGGAGGCGCAGGCUCGCACACAAGCUCCACUUCUCCUUCAGGGAUCUCCUCACCACGCUAUCAGCCAGUUUCACACUGUACUGGACCUGCCUGCUGACAAGAGGAAAAGAGGGAUGAAGGUCCGGAAGUCGGCAGGUGGGAGCUGGAAGACGUUUUUUGCCAUUGGGAAACCUACAGCGGCAGGGCGACGCAAACCCACCAGGAUCACCUCUUUGUUCCAGCCUGCUACCUCUCAUGCAGGUUGCAGGGUGGACAGUGUGACACUCAGGUCAGCAAAGAGUGAAGAGUCCCUGUCAUCUCAGCACAGUGGAGCAGGUCAGGGAAAGAUACAACGCUUACGAAGACCUCGCUCCAGCAGUGAUGGUCUCUCGCUGACUGCCUCUGUUGAUCCGCAGCUCCUUCCCCAGCGCUCCCCAUCUAGAAUCCAUCCAAGCCGCUCUUACGACAGCCUGCUGCCUGAGGAAACCCGUGAUGCUGAUGAGGAGGAAAAUGAGGAUGAGGAGGGUGUGUACAUGUUGCCUGAUUUCUCCCAAGAACCAUCUGCCUCAUGGAUGGCAGAAGAUGUCAUUGACUUUAGCCCCACCUUCCUGGAAGAUGGGCCAAUAGGGUUGGGGAGCACAGCUGUCAAUCCUAGCGGCAGGGAGUCCCCUCCUGCGGCUGCACCCCCUCCCUACCGCUGUCUGAGCCAUCAAGCCCAUACCCGGACUGGUAGCCAGCGCUCAAUAACAGAAGAUCCAGACUCCGUUCUCAAUCAAUCAGAGGCCGCAGCUCGUCGUAGUUUGAUCCUGGCUGCAGCAGCUCCACCUCAGCAAGUGUUCUGUCAGCACAGGCCGUCUGCAGUCACUAAUGCUCCCACAAACACAGCUCAGCAGGGCGAAUCGAACCUAAGCCCAUCCCAUAGCCAGACGCCAGCUCCAGCAACCUCUGCACCCCUGUCUCAGCCCCCUCAAGAGAGGCGUUCCUUUACACGUAAAGUGGUUCAUGCACUUUCACCUAAAGCGCCUAAAUCCCCCCCUCUGGACAUCUCUGAUCCGAUCGCCAUCAGUGUACCUGCCAAGGUUCUGGAAAUGAUUGGUGGACGAGCUGGUGAAUUGCAACCUGGACUUCCAAGUAGUGGACCACCUCAGCCACCCCAGAUGAUAUCUAUGCUCCUGAGGUCAUGUGAUUUUCAGCUCACGGAGAGCUGCCAGCAAGAGCUCAACAGUAAGUUGGGCCCCGUCGCCAAAAUCAAGGGUCCUAGUAUCUUGGGUCCCACUGGUGUUCCCCUUCCAUCACAGCAGCCCCCUCCUCCUCCCCCCAAGAACCCUGCACGCCUCAUGGCUCUGGCUCUUGCUGAAAGUGCCAACAAGGCACUGCGGCAAGGUGCCUCACCCCCAUACCGCCCCCGUCAAAGUGGAACCUCCCCUGAGACAGAUGUCCGCUUCCAGAGGUCCCUUUCUGCAGAUGCAGGUGCUCUGCUAUCUUCUGAUCCUAAUCAGAUUUAUUCCACAGUACGCCCCUUGUCUGUGUGGAAGACUGAAGGUGAUGACGAUGAGGGUGGAACUGUUGCUGAAAAGCCUGCAGACAAAUCACAUGAUACAGAGUCAAGGUCACCUCCUGGGCGAGACACUGGGACUAUCUCUUCUGACAGCUCAGUCUCUGACAAUGGGACAUCCAAUUCUGAGUUGUCAGCUGCCAGUUCCUCUGAAGACAAUGAGCGAACACCAAGCCCCAUUUACAAGAACGAAGAACCAACCUCUCCAGCACAGCCCUCAAAAUCCAGCCCACCCUCUUCCAGUGAAGCCAUCCCUUCUCAAAGAAAACCUCCAGCUUAUGGACGACAGUUUUCUGCUCCGCAGCUUCAGCAGGAGAAAUCCAGCGGCCAGUCCAAGCCUGCAGCCCAACCACACACUCAGCUUCUGCAUUCUAAAUCAGAGAGCUCUCCACUGGCCCAGGUACGAGCCUUCCAGCCCACUCGCCCUAAAGUGCCACCCAAGCCCCCUGAUCUUGCUCCCUUGAGGGCUCCACUCUCUCAGACUGACCGUCAUGAUUACAUACGUCGCUCCUUGGAUGCCAGUCGCAUUCGACGAUUGGCAGGGCCACCGCAAGGGAACACACCACUUUCCAGAGCUUUCUCUGAGCGAAUCAGCAGUACCUCUGACAUGCUGUCUCGCUAUCAUGCAGCCAGGAUGGCCAGCCAAGCUGCUCAGGUUCUUCCACAACAACAGCAACAGGCCCAGUCCACACCAAUCAGACCGGUUGUCCCCUCCUCCGAAGACCCUUCCAAGAUGGAGAACUUCUACUACGAAAUUGGUGCACCUGAGCAUCCACAAGUGCCACCCAGCUAUGCACACCACAGCUAUCAAAAUAUGAAGUUGGAUCUGGAGGGAAACCUCCGUCUCACUGAUCCAGCCAAUCAAAGGCCUAUUUCCAGGGGUUACCCUCCUCCCUACAACCACCAAGGACCUGGGGGCAGAAGGACUCCCCAGCUUUGGUCAUCUGAGGCCACACGAGCUUGGGCCGCAGCACACUCUCACUCUUUCUCCUUUUCCCAUUCUCAUUCUCACCAUCGCUCUCAGGAUGGAUCAUCAGGACAUCCUCCCCAUCCCCGUCCCCAGCGUCAGACAUCGUCAUCUGUCAGGUUGCCCCGCAGUGAAGUGCAUCACAUACCCGCAUCCGUUGGAGUGGGCUCCGCUGCUGGCAUGGUGCCUCUGUCUGUGCACCAAUGUAGCUUGCAUCGCCCUCAGCGUUCCCCUUCUGCAGACCACACAGCCUCCCAGCUUCACCCCUACUUUGAAAACGGGAAGGUGUGUUACCGGUACUUUGAGGCUUCCAGACUGGAAGACUUGCCACUGAAUCAGCAUCAGCAUGCUGUAUUAAAGCCGUCUCAGGUCUCACCAGUGCAAGGAAUCUCAAAAGAUCAGCCUGAACACAUUUACGUCAACUACCCUUUCACAAACCCACCAGGAUCUGGGGUUAAUUCAAAGGGCUGGGCCACCACAGACCUCGACGAAAAUGAUCAUCAAACAUCUGAGACACUGGAACCACCUUCCAAGUCACCACCGGAUGACAAACAGAAGCAUUCAGAGCAAGAAAGUCACAUGGCUGGUUUUGACAACCCUGCCCAGAAUGAUGUGUCCUCAGAUUCCAAAGUGACCAAUAUAGCAGCGUCUGCCUCCAGUGCCAUGCAUUUCCGCAGUCGCUCAGAUCCCCAAAGUACUAGCUCGGAGCCUGCUCAUGUCCUGACUGGGAAGGAAAUUGCCUCCUUGCUAAUUGAAAAGCUUGCAGAGGAUGAAAGGGAGGGUCCUUCUGUGCCAUCCUCUUCUCCGCACAUUGAGCACCCUCCAAAUCCCUACCCUAGCCAACAGCAGCAACAACCUCCACCUGCGUAUAAUAUCUACACUCCAGGACCCUCUCGAGGGCGCUUUGAAGGUCACGUGCCGCCUAGAGUGGGAUCAGGACCUUUCCAACGUCAAGACCCCUUGCGGAGAUCUUCCGGAGGCCAGUAUAGACAAGCUUUUGACGUCAUGCCAUCUGGUGACCAAGUCGUUAAGUUUUACAGAAGCCAAGACUUUAUCCCAAGCGCCCAGGGACAAAGCACAACCCAUAAUCCUUAUCCCCCAAGACCAUAUUAUCAGGACCCCCCAUACCCCAAUUGGGGCCCUCAAGGCCUCCCAGACUCUUCCCACACAUGCACUCCACCUACAGUGGCCUUCUCAAACUUAGCGCUUGGAUCGAUAAGAGGAUAUGGGCCUCAGACCGUGGCCAACCAGUUUAACCAGUAUCCAUACCAGUCAGGGCCAGUGCUUCCCCAGUAUCCCAACACACCGCGACGAGAUGUUGUCCUGGAUCCUUCGCUUCGACCUCCCGGGUUGCGCAACCAGAGAGGCUUAAACCGGCAGGGAAGCCUGCCGGGCCCCAACUGGACCAUCCGAACUGAGGGCCAGACCCGUAGUUACUGCUAAAGAGCUAUGUGUUUAGAGGAUAUGAUAUAGACCGGUUAUAAGCACUAGACUUAUGUUUCCUGUACAAGUUAACGCGUUGUAAAACUUAACUAAACAAAGUUAAGUGGGGUAUGUCCUUAGUAGUGUUUCUGUCUCAGAAAGAACCCAUUGCUGUCCUGCGAUUAGUGUGUGUAUUGGAGUGGGAAAAGUGUACGAGAAUAAGACGUGAAGCAGAAAGGAUCAAAGAAGUGAACCAUAAAGUGGCUUAGAUAUAAAAACAUUCCAGAACACACUGUGCUGUCCAGCAGAGGGAGUCAGAGAGGUACAUAGCUGCUAUUAACUCUGACAGGACGUUGCUCAGUGGCUAAUUUUUGUUUUUCUGCUUUGGGUUUUGUUUGGUUUUAGGUUCUCUUUGACACUAAGUCAUGCUGUACAGGGGCACAAGCUUGACAUGUCUUUCUUCCUCCACAAAGUACGAUAUAAAUAACCUAAAGAGAUGCUGGUGGUUAUAUGAAACUUUAUGAGUAUGGCUAGUUUUUGUUAUCUUCAUUUUUUGGCAACAAUGUGAUGAUAUUUCCAUUUUAAUUGUUGUUUUUUUUCUAAGUUAUUGUAAGUUUUCAAUGGAACGAGUUAUUGUGAAAUAGUUUUAUUUUGCCUUUCUUGAAUUUGUUUCAAAGAAUGUGAAGAUUAGGAGUUUUUUUUAUUUCUUUAGUCUGUGUGUGAAUUUGUGUGUGAAUGAAUGUGUCAUGAGCAGAGUGUCUAACGUUAAGCACAUAAAAAGGAACGGUAAUUGCAGAUUUUUUGGGAGGGUGUAAUUGAGAGCGCAUACUUCUGUGAGGUACUGUUUUCUGCUCAUUCUCAAAUAAUGUGUCAGAUGAUAUGUGUAUCAAUAUUGGCGUUCUAAUCCAAAGCAAGUAUUUCAGGUAGGUCAUGUCACAAUGUGUCACUCUCAGACAUCCCUGGGUUUCUGUGAAGGAGGAAUCCCAACCUAGCAACAUUGAAUACCUGGUACUAUUCACCACAAACCACUGAAAAUUCCUUCAAUGCCCAAAAAACUAGUCUUGGAUGACUUUAUAAAUUUAAAAGUCGUUUUUAUCAGAUCCCUCUUUCUGGGCUCAGUAAUGUUCCAGUGUUUACUCAGUGCUGUAGUACCUUUCAGGUCAUUAAAAAUGUCCUGGAUGUUCUUCCAAGAUUGACCAGAGAUAGAAUCUCUAAAAUUUGUUUAGUAAUUGGUGCCUUCUCUUAAAUGACUAAACGUAUUUUAAAUAAUCCUUCGUUAUGAAAGCAAAUAUUGAAGAGCUAGAUACAAACCCUGUCCCUAGCCCAGUUACCCCUAUUUACAGUUUCCCAAAGUUCCACACUAGUAAGUUCAAAAUGGGG